AUGGGAAGAGAAAACAUUUUGCACUAUCAAUUAGAAAAAGAGCACGAAACGGAUCUUCCGCAAGGCCAGACUACACCACCAUUGGAGAAAAAGCAAGAAGACAUGGUCAAGAAUUUGAGAGUGUUGAAUUCUAACUUUCCUUUCACUUUGCUGAAAGAUUCGACCAAAGAAGAUUUUUUGGAAAACAAUAAAUACUAUAUCGAUUCGAUUAAGCACAAUCACUCGAAUCAGGUAUUUGAGUUGAAUGGAAAGGGCCAGGCACCACACACCUUGUGGAUUGGAUGUUCCGACUCAAGAGCUGGUGAAUCAUGUCUUGCAGCAUUACCAGGUGAAAUAUUCACCCACAGAAACAUUGGUAAUGUCGUCACAUCCAAUGACUUUUCAUCACAGGGGGUAAUCCAAUUUGCUGUGGAUGUUUUGAAGGUCAAGAAAAUCAUUGUAUGUGGACACACCGAUUGUGGUGGUAUCUGGGCAUCUAUGUCGUCGAAGCGUAUCGGUGGGGUGUUGGACUUGUGGUUGACACCUAUCAAGCAAACUAGAGCAGCUAACUUGGCGUUAUUAAAUGAGUAUAAUGAUGAUCCUAAGAUGAAGGCACGUAAAUUGGCUGAAUUGAACGUAAUUCUGUCAGUGACAGCUUUAAAGAGACACCCAUCGGCAUCGAUGGCAUUAAAGAAUGGUGAUAUAGAAGUUUGGGGUAUGAUGUAUGAUGUGGGAACUGGUCGUUUGUCUGAUGUGGAGAUUCCUCUUGACGAAUUCGAGGACUUGUUUCAUGUUCACGAUACCAAGGAAGAGGAUCCUUACCAUUAA